CUGUGACAUGGUAUACAAUCGCUAGCCCAACGUGCGUGCAAUGAAGAAGGAAGAGCAGUGCUGUCCCUCUAUUCCCAGCCAAGAAGGCAUCGCAUGGCUCCAUCUACUAAUCCGUUAGACUUACUGAUCUAGGUAGUAGCCGUGACCUGCCUUCAGUUGUUGCCAACCAGACUGACCUUCCCACUGACUGAAAAACUAGACCUCGGAUAAGUGAAUUCACCCCUCUGGGCCUCACUGCCCCCACUGAAAAUGAGAUGUUUGGACUAAUCUUUAGAUCUGUGAUUCCCAAAGUGAGGAAUGCAAACGUUGCUGGUGUGCAAGAGGAUUUUAGGAGGUCUUCUCAACAUUUUAUAUAUCAACGUUCUAACUGGUGAUCAUACACCCGCCCGCUGGGUGGGUGUCUCAUCCCUAAGGACAUGAAAGUUCUUCGUCUGGGAGCCUCCAGACCUCAUCCUAAAAGUGACAAUAAAAGAUUUAAUGUACAUGGUCAUUUGUCCUGGGUCACAUGAGAUUUGGCAGCAACUAAGGUGGCCAUUCCGUGAUUGAGAUUUAGAAAGUCACCAGCAAGAGGCAGAAAACCCCAGAACACUGACCCUGAGAUGUGCCUUCGGGGCACUGAAGCAAUGACCAUCUGGAGACAAAGAGGAGAGCUGGGAUUGCCGAUUGCAUGCGGAUCGGUAGGGGGAAAAGGUGAGGAGGUGCUUUGACCAGGAAAAGAGCUGAGAAUGUGUGGAAACAGACCUCCGAAGGAAUGGAAGGGAAAAAUACUUGGGACCACAAUUGCAGACAGAAUGCGAUGAAGUUGCUGUUUCUUGCCCAUGAGUUUAAUGACAAGGUUCCUCCCCUUUGGAUGCCAACUAAGCAGGAGCCGGCAGGGCAUCCCCUGACUUUGCAGCCCAGCCAGGCCUGGAAUCUGCCCCAAACACAAUCACAGAUAUUCCCAAGGCUUGAAGUCCAUCCAGAGACUAGUCAUUUGAUGCAAUUGCCUGUGGUCUGAAAAACAAACUCCCACCCAAACAUAUUGUACCUGGGGAGACUGCAAUCUCAAUGAUCAUGUCUCCCAGGACUCAGGCCCACUCUGACCACAGGAUCUUUCUAAAGGCAUGACCGACAGAAGUGUGCACAAUUCCACCAUGUAAUUUUUGUCUGGGAGGUAAAAUACGUGUGUUGUUACAUCAUUUUCCUUAGCGUAGCGAUCCCCUAAGAGAAGAAAGCCUGACCAAGAUCCCUUCUCAAAGUCAACCACGGAAAUAACAUUUUAAUAUUCUCUCCUGUCUUCCGUGACCUCGUACAGCUUUCACACACAAUUUCUCAUUUUAUCCUCAAAACAACGCAUCGAGACCCGCACUGUGCACACCCGUUCAGCUCAGCCAGCGUUUUCCUGCCCACUACUGCACAGCCCAGGGCUUCACGGUCUACCAGGCACAAGCACAUGGGACCCUCUGGAAGAAGGUGAUGAAUCAGAAAGAGUCUGAUGAAAGAGGUGAUGAAUCUCAAAUCACCUACACCCGUGGUUGGCUGAGGGCAAGUUGGGGCAACGGACAGACAAGCAGCCAACCAUAACCAGAGACAGAGGAGAAUCACCUGGGACCUUUCAAAAACUCCAAAGUCACAGCCACAUGCCAGACCAGGGAAAUCACGCUCUCUGGAGUUGGGCAGGUAAGUUUCCCAAGUGAUUCCAAUAUGUGGACAAGUUUUGGAGGUACCGUCCUUGCAGCCCCAAGAAUCCCGAUAAAUGGCCACACGUCAGGCUAAGUGCCCUGAGUUAGGAUUACCCAUUACCUCAGUGGUCCCUUUUCGAUUGCUGACCUUCUGAACAUCAGGAGGGACUUAGUCAUGUAUUAGUGAGAAGCUGCUACACAUUGAGCAAGUACUGUAAAGUUAUGUAGUCGGCAUGCUCACUAAAGUUUAAAUAAAUUAAUAUGCUUAGACAAAUGUGCAAAGCCACAAUCAAAAUUCUCCAGUUAUUCACUAAUAUCUUAAUCGUGUUUAUAAAAAAUAAAGGUGAAUAUUGAAGCUAAUUAAAUCUCCUUAAAAAUGCCAAGGUGAAGUAUAUAAAAUCCAAAUGUCUCUGAUGGGGUUGCAAUUAUUUGCAAAUUUUUCAAUUCCCACUGAGCGAUUAGAUACACUGUUUUAUCAUUUUUAUUUAUCUAACUAAUUACAUCCUGCUUCUCCCCGUGAAAAGAACACAAGUAGACAAACAACUGUUCUAUAUUCACUUGAUCCAAUUAUGUGUAUAUAAUUUUGGACAUGUGUUGCCUUUAGCAGAGUUUGAUUUCUUUGAAUCUCAAAUUUUGGGGUCAAUUAGUCCAGUCAUUUAUAACUGUCUGGGUCCUGGACUCCUUUUGAGUCCACGUACUCUGAUGAAAGCAAUUUUUCACACAGUUUCUGGGAGCACCUGGACUCCCAAAGUCCCCCAGGUCCCCAGCUGAGUCCAGAAAAAUGAGGAAACAAGCCCAGAGGCUAAAGUGACUCAAGCUGCCAGUCAGUUCCACUCUCAGGAUUGGAACUCCCAUCUCCCGACCCUCUGGCCAUUCUGGGAGAGACAAGCCUAGGGCCUCCUUGCCUGGGUUCAAAGCCUGAUUCUUCUGCCUGUUGGCUGGCGAUGUGUGCAAGUUAUAUCACCCCUCAGUGCAGUGGUUUCUGUGUCUGAAGAUGUCCUCAUUUGCCUGCCCGCUUGUUGUGUUUGCUGUAAUUAUUUACAAGCGAGAAAAGAGGCGCUCGGGGGAUAGGCAGUUGCCCUAGGUCACCAAGCUGCUAAGCGGUGUGUCUCCAAAGCCUGUAGUCUUGGCACACACCACGCUGCAUCCCCCAUUUCUCCCGGCCCUGACCGGGACAGAGUAGGAUGCAGGAAGUCCAGGAGCCACUCUCAGGGAACAAGCUUCAAGUUCAACAGGGCACGCCAGCUCUCUCCCCGGCAGAGAAAGGACCAGCAAGAGGACCAGGAAGGAGAGGGAGGUCUGUGUUUUAUGCAAGGGGAUGGAGAGACAUGCAUGCAGUGAGGCCAGCCUGGGUGAGGGGAGGGGCUGCUGCCCAGUGGGAGGCCUGGCCUCUGGCUCCCACCCCAGGGGUCGUAGAAACAGCUGGUGGCAGCAGCACAGGCCGAGGGAGGCGGCAGGGGCUGGCUGGGCUGGCCGAGCUACAGAGGGGCUUCCUGGAGUGUCCAGCCACCGGUACCUUGGAGCAGCCCUGGGCUGAGAAAUCUGAAAACCCCUCCCUUCCUGGGCUGUGGGCCGGGUUGUUAGAACACUUUCAGUUUUGUUUCUCUGCCCGCAAGAACCGAAACUCCUCGAAACAGAAAGACUCCGCAGACCAGAACAUGGAGGGAAACUUCCAGGCGUGCAGGAACUGCAAAAGAAGCGGGGCCCCUGGCCACUUGGCCCUCCAUGGGGCCCACUCUCUGCUCUUCAAGGUCCUCUGUCCGGAGUGCAAGGAACCGGUCCUACAGGAUACGAUGGAAGAGCACGGCGGGGGCGGGCACCAGCAGGCGAAUGGGUCCAGCCAAGGCAAGGGAGUCCCUGUUUCAGGAAAGGUAAAAUGUUCCGUCGAGAUGCGUCAAGAGGAGAAACAGGAAAGGAGAGCUCUAGAAGGCACUCAUGGCCAAGGCUGGUCAAAGGUGGGGUGCGCAGCGUGUCAGCAGAGCCUGCCGAAGCACUUGCUGGAGAUGCACGAGGCCAAGGAAUGCCAGGAGCGCCCCGUUGAGUGCCAGUUCUGUGAGCUGGCCGUGCGCCUCAACAAGGUGGACAUCCACGAGCACCCCUGCGGCAGGCGGACGGAGGUCUGCCCAGACUGCGGCCAGCGCAUCGUGCUCCACAUGCUGGCCCGGCACAGAGACGAGUGCUGCGGUGAGCAGACCCGGCUCCAGAAAGGGAAGAGAAUUCCAGCUCCUGAAAGCAACAUCUGCUGUCAUUAUUGCAACCAAAUGAUCCCAGGAAAUAAGUAUUUCCACCAUGUGGACAGAUGCCGUCCAAUCUCAGACUCUGUGACAUAUUCUCCAGUUGGGAAACCAGAUAUUCCUCCUUCAUCCCUUUCAAGUCAGGCUGCUGAAGAUCAAACUUCCACAGCAGAGAAAGACGUCCGUCCAAAGACGAAAAAUACAAGCAGAUUUCGCCUUCUUUCUGAAAAGUCAACGCGGCAAGCACCAAGAGGCACAAACAAAACCACGGAUCUGCCUUUGAAGUCUGAUGGCAAGCUCAGGGCCUCCUCUCCUGUAGAAGACGAGACAGCCUAUGACAUUCUGAGGAGGUGUUCUCAGUGUGGCAUCGUACUUCCCCUGCCAACCCUAACCCAACAUCAGGAGAAAUGCUGGUGGUUAGCUUCAUCAAAAGGAAAAUAAGCGAGAGGUCCCAGCUAGCUUUGGAAAAGAAAAGAAGAAAAGGUUUGGAUUCUGUUUUCCUCCUUUUGAGCCGAGAUGUUGGUGUCCCCAAGAGCUCCAGAUAAACCAGAAGAAAAAAGGGCUCUGACUCUUCUGCCUGAGAAUUCUGAUCAAGCGUCUAGGCGCCACACAGCCUGGACACCUUAGGGAACCCAGCUUUGUCCCCGAAGAAUAAAAAAGCCCUCCCUGAAAA